AUGACUCUUCCUCAAGGUUAUAAACCUAAGGGGGAGCUUCCUCACAAUGCUGUGUGCAAAUUAAAGAAGUCAUUAUAUGGUCUAAAGCAGGCUUCAAGGCAAUGGUUUGCCAAAUUUUCUACUGCAUUGUUUGAUGAAGGUUUUAGUCAUUCGGCUACAGACCAUUCAUUGUUCAUUAAGUAUUUUGGUGACCAUUUCAUAUUCUUGUUGGUCUAUGUUGAUGAUGUGAUACUUGUCAGCAAUGAUCUACAAGAAUUGGAAGCCUUAAAAGUCAGAUUAAAUGCUCGAUUCAAGCUAAAGGAUUUGGGAAAUCUUAAGUACUUCUUGGGGCUUGAAAUAGCUAGAUCACAAAAGGGCAUCUUUGUAUCACAAAGACCAUAUGCUUUGCAGCUCCUUGAAGACUUGGGACACCUUGGAUGCAAGCCUAUGAACACACCUAUGGAAGCAAAUCUCAAGCUUGGACAGAAUGAUAAAGAAAAAUUGGCAGACCCGACACUAUACAGAAGAAUAAUUGGAAAGUUGCAGUACUUAACCAUAACAAGACCAGAUAUAUCCUACUCAGUCAAUAAACUUAGUCAGUUUCUUGCUGUACCACGAGCUAGCCACAUGAAUGCAGCUGUUAGAGUCUUGCAGUACAUAAAAUCCACACCUGGACAAGGAAUUUAUUUUCCUGCAACAUGUAAAAUUCAAUUGAGGGCCUAUACGGAUUCAGACUGGGCAGCAUGUCCUGACACAAGAAGAUCGACAACGGGGUUCUGUAUUUUUAUAGGAGACUCUAUCAUAUCCUGGAGAAGUAAGAAACAGCAUACAGUUUCGAGGUCUUCAGCAGAGGCAGAGUAUAGAGCAAUGGCGAACACGACAUGUGAAGUUGUUUGGCUGAUUUCUAUCUUAAAGGAACUUAAUGUUCAUCAUGAAGGGCCAGCACUGUUGUUUUGUGACAACAAAUCAGCUCAGCACAUUGCAGCGAAUCCCGUUUUUCACGAGAGAACGAAGCAUAUAGAGAUCGAUUGCCACUUAGUGAGGGAGAAAGUCCAAGCUGGAGUGAUCAAAACCGUUCAUGUGGCUUCCAAGGAACAAUUAGCUGAUGUGCUAACCAAACCUUUAUUUCCCAACCAGUUCAAUUACAUUAAAGACAAGAUGGGAUUGAAAAAUAUAUAUUGUCCAUCUUGAGGGGGAGUAUCAAGUUGUUAGAGUCUGUUUGGUUAGUUAUUAGUUAGUUGAGAGUUAGUUGGAUCAUUGUAACUAACUACUGCUGCUAUAUAUAGCAGAGUCUUAGCUUGUAUUCAUUUUGAGCAUUGAAUAACAUUUUCAGUUCCUUUCUUCCUU